ACCAUUGAAUUAUGUAUGUAAUAGAAUAUGUUUUAUAGAUCUAUUAUUUUUCAUUUGUUCCAGCAUGGAUGUUGAGAUUCCUCCAGAAACAACCACUGACUUCCUUAUUCGUGUUGGCCUUUAUAUAGGUGCAAUUUUUCAGCUUACCUGCAUUUUCGCUAUAAUAAUUCUUCCUGACAAGAAAAAUGAUACUAUGCAGAAGAAGAAUCAUGCUGACAUUUCUGAUCAAGAACAUUGGGACUCAUCCCCAGCGAAUCCUCCCCGAAAUUUUCAACAUAAAACAAGAAAGCAAGAUAAGAAAAAACGUCGAUGAUGUUAUGGUAUUAAUUGAUAAUAUCUUGUUAGCCCAUGAUAAUGCUCUCUAUUGAUUUUCAGUUGUCUCAAAUGGUAUUAAAAAAAAAAUACCUUGUGACAUUCUUACAGAGUAUUUGAGGAGUUUUUUUCUUACCUGGAUUUUUUUCCUUAACUCUCCAUUAUCAUUUAAUGCAUCACAUAUUAGAUUGUAUCCAUCACAUGAAACAUUUUAACUUGUAUUAAGUAAGAUUCAGGUAUUGAAAAGUUUAAGUAUUAUGCUGAAAAAUGUUUUAAAAUAUAAAUAAAGUAGUUAUUAGAUAUACAUUAAAAUCUAUAUUUAUUAAUUUAAAAACAUAAGCUACCAACCUGUCCUAGCUAAAGUGGAAAUUUCAAGAUUAAUUCAGUGAAUAAUUCAAAAUUAAUUUGAAUUGUCUACUCUUUUUACACCCAUGCUGAAAACCCCAAGGAAAGCUAAAAGCAAAUAUUGUUUAACAUUUAUAAAUCUUUAGAAGUUUGAUUAAGAAUUCAUCCUUACAGAAUGAAAUUAUAUAUUUUGAAUAAGUUUCAUAGAAAAUAGUAAAUAUUCAAAUUUCAUUAGUAAGUUAAACUUUGAUUUCUCUAAUAGGUAAAAGAUAGUUAUAAACGUCAACUAGUUUUUAUGAGAAAAAGAAGAUAGUUUUAAGAUUUACUUCUUAAAAUAAAACUUUUAAUUUCAAAAACAUAUGUUUUUAUAUUAGUUAUUAUAACUGUGUAGGACAUGUAUGGACAUCAUUGUCUUUUACUGGAGACUGGACGUCAAUAGACGUCAUAUGUGUAAGUUACAAAAAUAAAUCUAAUAAUUUAGUGUGAUUAUGUCUGACUGUGUUAAAUUAUUAAUUUUAAUUUAUUUUAAUAUUAAGUGAAUGUUUGAAUUGCAUUUUAUGUCAGUAAAACAAAGGCUUCAUUUUUUUAAUAUGUUAAAGAUUAAAUAAGUUAUAUUAUUUAUUAUUUAAGUUAUUUAAAGAUUACAUUUUGAAUAAGUUAUAAUUUCGUAUUUUUAAUUUAUUUUUUUACAUAUAUGUGUAAUUGUUUUAUAUUUCUUGCUUGUUUCACACUGUUAGGCAAUUUUUCAAUUAUUGUAAAAUUUUCUGUUAUAAUUUGUUGCAUCCAGUUAUUAAUAUACUUAUUUAGCCGAAUGUUGAAGAUAUUGUUGACCAUAGAUUUAAUUGAUUAUAUCUGAUUGAUCAGAAGAUGGUUGGUGGUGUGAACAAGAAAAAAAACUACAACAUAAUAUUUUCAGCAUACAUUAAAGCAAUAUUAUACUUACUGUGUGUUUUAUUCUUGAUUGCACCCUUAACGAUCUCCUUGAUUAUUUAUAGUAUAAUUACUCUAGAAAAAUAAAUUUACAGUGAUUUAAUGUUUAAGAUAUACAGUUUUUUUAUUUUAUUUGUUUUUAAAAAUAAUUUUUUUUUAUUUGUUGUAAACAUUUUGUAUUGAUGUAAAAGCUGCUAUAACAGACUUGGACUUUAAUCCAUUUAAUUUUAUUUUUAUUUUUGAGAAAUAUUUUUUUAUUAUUUAAUAAAUGUUUUUCUAUAAAGAAAUA